AUGGCUACAGAAGAAAAGUCGGUUUUGGGCACGGCAGAGGAAUUUGUCUAUUCUCCUUUUGACUUCACCGUCGCGGGAGGUGGUAUCGCUGGACUGGCAGUUGCAGCGUGUCUGUCUGAGAAUGAAAUAUUUCAAGUUGGCGUUCUGGAAGCCGGUGACAAUAGGGUUACAGAUCCUCUGAUGAAUAUUCUGAAUAAAAUCGCGCGCGAUAUUGGCGCCGUCGACUUCGAAGCGUUUGUCGAUUGA